UAAUAUUUGGACAAGAAGGUCGAAGACUCGAAGGCAUGCAGUAGAAAUGUUUGUCUUUGGUUGUGUUGAAUUAGGGUGAAACUGAAGAUAUUGACAAUGGUAACACUACAUCGCCGAGCACAUCACAAAGACUCUAGUCAAAGCAUGAACAUUUCCAGCGCUAGUCCUCCCAUUGAAUCCAUACUUGGAUCAACUACGAACAAGUAACAUGGCGGCCUGUUCUUUGGGGUUUGGUUCUGCAGUUCAUUUUUGGUAUUCUCAUACUGAGAACCAAGGAAGGAUACAAUGCUAUGAAUUACAUAGGAGAGAAAGUGACAAGAUUUCUUGAUUAUACUGUAGCAGGCAUUGUUUUUGUAUUUGGGGAAUCCUACUAUCUUCAUUUUGUAGCAUUUAAGGUUUUAAUGGUUGUGAUAUUUGUGAGCUCUGUGACAUCAGUGUUGUACUAUAUUGGUGUUAUGGAAGUGAUCAUUGUGAAGCUCGCAUGCCUUAUGCAAAUUACUUUGAAAGUGUCUGGGGUAGAGGCAUUGUGUGCUGCUGCUAAUGUGUUUGUAGGCCUGAUUGAAGCGCCUCUUUUAAUUGGCCCCUUCGUGAAAGAUGUAACAAUGUCAGAAUUACAUUCCAUAAUGACCAGUGGUCUGGCGACCAUAGCUGGUGGAAUGCUAGCUGCUUAUGUUAGUCUGGGUGUUGAUGCACAACAUGUGUUGUCAGCGUCAGUCAUGUCUGCACCAGCAGCCCUGGCUAUAUCCAAGUUAAUGUACCCAGAAACGGAAGUCCCCACUACCUCUGGUCUCAACGCUAUACAGUUUCAGAAAAGAAACGAGAAAAAUGUCAUAGAAGCAGCCACGAAAGGAGCCUCAGCUGCAAUUGGUCUUGUGGAAAAUAUUGGCACAAAUCUCAUUGCGUUUUUUGCGUUUCUUUCAUUCAUCAAUGCAAUACUAUUGUAUCUUGGUAGUUUGGUUUUAUAUCCCGAACUCUCGUUUGAGUUGAUUUGCUCAUAUGUCUUUGCACCAUUUGCUUUCCUGAUGGGCGUGCAGUGGUCUGAUUGUACGAAAGUAGCAGAGUUAAUAGGUGUGAAAACGUUUCUCAACGAGUUCUUGGCAUUCGGACAACUGUCAGUGUUAAUUAAGAAUAGAAAAAGUAUGUCACCUGGACCAGUUUUAUCGGUAAGAUAUUGCCGAUCUCUUGCCAAUCUAUGAAAAAACUAUGUGUAUUUCAAUAUCAUGGGAAUACCAUGCAGGGGCCAGUUGUUCAAAGCUAGGUCAGCCCUAGCUAACCCUGGGUUAAAUUUUAAUCCAGUGUUUUAGU